AUGAGAUUAAUGUUUAAAGUAUAUGGUGAAGAGAAUAAAAGUAGUGGCAGCUCAGAUGUUAGAAAAUUAGUUGAUAAUGUAAGUGAUGUUCAUCUUACUGUCUUUUUUGUUCAUAAGUUUUGCACAUCUGAUCCAAUUUUCAUUGGCUUAGUUUCAAUUAUAACUGCAGUUCAUACCAAUAAUCACGCUAAUCUGAUCAAGGCUAUAAGCUCCAAAAACAUGGCUUCAAAAGGAAUCAGGGUGGCUGCUAACUACAAUUCACUAUAUUUCAGUGAAGGUUCAUCCGAAUCUGCUUAUCUUGUUAUUGGCCCAUGCUUUUGUCUUCAAAUGGAGGUUGCAAAGAUUAGCAUGCUUAACGAUCUUAAUACAUUCUCAAACAACUAUUCGAUUAGAGUGAAGAUUGUUAACAUUUCGAAGAAGAUGAUGAAUGAUAACAAAAAUGAAAUAUAUCGUCUUGAUAUGAUCUUCAUGGAUGAGAUGGGAACUAUGAUACAAACCAGCUGUCUGCAUAAGAUUUUAGGAAAAUUCAAAGACUUCCUUCAGUUGGAUGAAUGUCUUCUUAUCACCAAACCGUCUCUUGCUACUAAUAAGUCCUCUGCUAAGUAUACCAAGAGAAAUGACAAAAUAUCACUGUAUUUCUAUACUUCUGUUGAGAAAUGCAUUGACUGGUCUGGACUGAAAUACCAUUGGAUUGGUUAUGUGGAAGUAUGUUUCAAUCUAGAGGAUACAUCAAAGAAGGAUGGGAGCAAGGGGAAGAGACUUAAUCUUAGAGUUGAAGAUCUUGAAGGCCAAAAGUGUCCGGCUACUUUGUGGGAUGGUUUUGCUAUUGACAUGUUUGCUUACAUGAAUGAUAAGAAACGAGAGAAAUAUGUUGUUAUCCUUUGUCAUUUUGGUAUGGUCAACCUUUACAAAGGCAAGCGUGGAGUUGCAAAUGGGUUUGAGCUUAGCAGACUUUUUAUCGACACUGACAUUGAAGAGAUAUCCUCUUUUAGGAAGAGGUAUGUAGAGAAAAUUUCUGCUUCAUCUUCAUCAAAUGAGCAUGUUGGUUCAAACGUUAUCUCAAGUGUUGAAGAUGAGUUUCUUAAUAACCCUGAUUUCAUGCUUAUUGGUUUCCUUGGAACCAUAUCAACGGUUUUGGUUCUUGGCACAAUCACAGCUAUAUGCACUGAUAAACUUUGGUAUUACAAUGGUUGUAACCACUGUAAGUCAGGUGUGGAGGAAAGAUUUGUAACGAAAGAAAAUGCGGAUAGUUCAUUUGAUGUUGAUCAUGCAACAUCUUUGGUGUGUACAAAUGAUAAAUGUGAAGGAGUCGACAUCUAUUCUAUUCCGCGCUUUGAUAGGUUCAAGAUACCUAUUAGGGUGCAAGACUCUUCCGGUACUGUGUCUUUGACACUGUUUGAUUUCGAAGCUUACAAGAUUCUUAAGAAAACUGCUAAAGAGUUACUUGCAAUCCAAGAUCAUGUUGUUGAUUCUGGAGAGAUACCGAACCCAUAUCCUGAGAUUUUUGACACAUUGAUUGGAAAGAGGUAUGCGUUCAUCAUAAGUGUUAAAGACUAUAACAUUGGGCAUCAGGUUGAAAACUAUGGUAUUUCAUUGGCCACUAACGAUGAUGAGAUCCUUGCCGCGCUCUGCGCCAAAUUCAAUCUUAACCAGCAUGAGCAGUCCGAAUCGCUGGAUGUUCCAGAUUCCUGCAGUUUGUCUACUCCUGUUAACCUUAUGAAGGAUGAGAUGUCAUGCUGUGGUGACAAUAUUACACCUACAUCCCAAGCACUUGGAGGCACUAAGAAUCCCUCUUCUGAUAAAACAAAACGUAAUAUUCGUGAAGUGUGCGAUUUGGAUGAUGCAUUAGGUUGCUCCUCGGCAAAGCGCCGCAUCAGUGAUGAACUAUCUCAGGAUGAAGAUGCUGGUGUUUCGACGCUUCUGAUUCCAAAGAGUGAGAAAUAG